AUGCAUCUCAUACCAAAAGAACUGGGCCUGCUAGCACAAAGAAGGCUUGCUCGAGGAGUGAAGCUCAAUCACUCCGAAGCAGUUGCACUUAUAGCAAACAAUCUUCAAGAGCUCAUUCGUGAUGGAAAUCAUACAGUUUCAGAUCUCAUGUCAAUUGGCGCAACAAUGCUUGGGCGUCGUCAUGUUCAACCAGCGGUCUGCUCAACGCUUACAGAACUUAUGGUCGAAGGGACUUUUCCAACAGGAACAUACUUGGUGACGGUACAUCAUCCCAUUAGUACCGAUGAUGGAGAUUUGGCAAAAGCACUUUAUGGAAGUUUUCUGCCAAUUCCGGAUAUGGAUCUUUUUCCAUUGCCAUUAGAUGCGGAAUACGAGUCGACCAAACGUCCUGGUGCUUUGGUUACUGUAAAAGGUAAGGUGAGAUUGAAUGAAGGAAGAAAGAGAAUAAGGUUGAGGGUGACGAGUAAAGGUGAUAGACCAAUUCAAAUUGGAUCGCAUUAUCAUUUUAUUGAAACUAACCCCCAGCUCGAAUUCGAUCGCAUCAAAGCGUAUGGUUAUCGCCUCGAUAUUCCGGCUGGCACAUCUGUUCGAUUCGAACCUGGAGAUACUAAAACCGUAUCAUUGGUUGAAAUUGGUGGGAACAAAAUCAUUCGAGGUGGAAAUCAUAUUGCUACCGGUAAAGUCGAUAUUUCUCGUGUCGAUGAGAUUUUGGUCAAUCUUGAAAAGGCAGGAUUCGCACAUGCUUCCGACCCAACUAAAGAUGCUGCAUAUAUCGAUAUGUUUGAAAUGGAUAGAACAGCAUAUGCAACAAUGUUCGGUCCCACGGUAGGUGACACUAUUCGCUUGGGUAAUACGGACCUUUGGAUCAAGGUUGAAAGGGAUUUAACUUCAUAUGGGGACGAAUGUAAGUUUGGUGGCGGUAAGACUUUACGAGAAGGUAUGGGCCAAGCUACAGGUGUAUCCGACGACAUAUCAUUGGAUCUUGUUAUUGUUAAUGCCUUGAUUGUCGAUUGGACUGGUAUCUACAAAGCCGAUAUUGGUGUUAAAAACGGUAUGAUAGUAGGUAUUGGUAAAGCCGGUAAUCCUGAUGUGAUGGAUGGUGUCACUCCGAAUAUGAUUGUCGGAUCAUGUACGGAUGUUAUUGCUGGUGAAGGCAAAAUCAUUACUGCCGGUGGCUUUGAUACCCAUAUCCACUUCAUUUGCCCUCAGCAAGUUUAUGAAGCUAUCUCAUCCGGAAUUACUACAAUGUUAGGAGGUGGAACUGGUCCUAGCGCUGGAACUAGUGCUACGACUUGCACACCAGGAAAGAAUUAUAUGCGACAAAUGCUUCAAGCUUGUGAUACUUUACCAAUAAAUAUUGGAAUUACUGGUAAAGGAAAUGACAGUGAUCCUGCUGCACUCCGUGAGCAAGUUAUUGCUGGAGCUUGUGGCCUUAAAUUACAUGAAGAUUGGGGCACUACACCCUCAGCUAUAGAUUCUUGUCUUACGGUUUGCGAUGAACUCGAUAUCCAAUGUCUGAUUCAUACCGAUACCCUAAAUGAGUCAGGUUUUGUUGAGUCUACGAUUGCUGCGUUUAAAAAUCGUGCUAUUCACACAUAUCAUACUGAAGGUGCUGGUGGUGGUCAUGCACCCGAUAUUAUCAGUGUCGUUGAACAUGCGAAUGUCCUCCCUUCGUCUACUAACCCCACGAGACCUUAUACCAGGAAUACACUCGAUGAGCAUUUAGACAUGCUCAUGGUUUGCCAUCAUCUUUCAAAGAACAUUCCUGAGGAUGUAGCUUUUGCAGAGUCUCGAAUUCGUGCUGAAACUAUCGCAGCCGAAGAUGUCCUUCAUGAUUUGGGAGCAAUCAGUAUGAUGUCUUCUGAUUCUCAAGCAAUGGGUCGUUGUGGAGAAGUUAUCAUGCGAACAUGGAACACAGCCCACAAAAAUAAGGUUCAACGUGGCGCACUCGGAGAAGAUAUGGGCACUGGUGCAGACAAUUUUAGAGUUAAGAGAUAUAUCAGCAAGUACACCAUUAAUCCAGCGAUUGCUCAAGGGAUGGGCCAUAUCAUUGGUAGUGUGGAGGUUGGAAAGAUUGCAGAUCUUGUCGUCUGGGAUCCAGCUUGGUUUGGAACUAAACCCAUGACCAUUAUCAAGAGUGGUUUGAUUGCUUACGCUCAAAUGGGUGAUCCCAAUGGUUCCAUUCCGACUAUUCAACCCAUCAUCUCUCGCCCGAUGUUUGCACCCCUCGUUCCCUCCACCUCGAUUCUUUUCGUAUCUGAAUCGUCAAUUUCCUCAGGUACAAUUGCAACCUAUGGUUUGAAAAGCCGUGUGGAGGCGGUAAAAAAUUGUAGGACGGUUGGGAAGAGGGAUAUGAAAUUUAAUGAUCAGAUGCCAAAGAUGAAAGUCGAUCCUGAAAAUUAUAGAGUCGAGGCUGAUGGGGUACAUAUUAUUUGUGAGGCAGCUGAAUGGUUGCCAUUGGGACAGAAUGCAUAUGUUUAUUAG